CUCGGUGUACUCAGGAGUUUGUACAGAGAUCUUCAAAAGAGAGUGUGUGAUCUUCCAGAAACCAGUCUACUGCUUUGUUCAUCUGAGCAUUCAGGAGUUUCUGGCUGCAGUCUACAUGUUCCACUGUCACACCAACAGGAAGACAAAGGUGCUGAGGGACUUCUUUGGGAAAAAAUAUAAAGAGUCCUCUUUGGAUGUGUUUCUCAAGAGAGUCAUGGAGAAAUCCCUCCAGAGUAAAAAUGGCCACCUGGACCUGUUUGUUCGCUUCCUUCAUGGCCUCUGUCUGGAGUCCAACCAGAGACUCUUAGUAGGUCUGCUGGGUCAGACAAAGAUCAGUCCAGGAACCAUCCAGAGAGUCAUCAACAAACUGAAGAAGAUGAACAGUGAUGAAAUCUCUCCUGACAGAAGCAUCAACAUCUUCCACUGUCUGAUGGAGAUGAACCACCUCUCAUUAUUUCAGGAGAUCCAAGAGUUCCUGAAGUCAGAGAACAGAUCAGAGGAACUCUCUGAGAUCCAGUGCUCAGCUCUGGCCUUCAUGCUGCAGAUGUCAGAGGAGGUUCUGGAUGAGUUGGACCUGCAGAAAUACAAAACAUCAGUGCAGGGACGACAGAGACUGAUUCCAGCUGUGAGGAACUGCAGAAAGGCUGGACUGACUCAGUGUGGACUCUCAGAGUCUCACUGUGAAGUUGUGGCCUCAGCUCUGAAGUCCAACCCCUCCCAUCUGACACAGCUGCACAUGAGUAACAACUACAACCUGCAGGAUUCAGGUGUGAAGCUUCUGUGUGCUGGACUGGAGAGUCCAAACUGUCGACUGGAGACUCUGAGGACUGUGGUUUGUCAAAGAUCAGCUGUGAUUAUCUGGCAGCAGCACUGAAGUCCAACCCCUCCCAUCUGAGAGAGCUUGAGCUGCACGGAAACAACCUGAAGGAUCCAUAUGUGAAACAGCUGUCUGAUCUUCAGCAGAGUCCAGACUACAGACUGGAGAAACUGGGGUGGUGAUGAUGGUAAACAGGACGGUGUGUGUGCUGAGAGAGGAGCAGCUGUGUCCUGAUGAUCCAGAG